AAUUAUUUUAUUAUUAAAAUUUAAUUUGUAUUGUAUAAGAUAGCGUUUGACGUAUCAAUAAAGUAGUUCUAUUGGUACAAAUAAUUUGAGGUUAAAUUAGACACAAAAAAUGACAGUUGAUCUGUCAACAGUGCCACUUGUUGCUUUGUCCAUCGAAUCUAAACAAGUUAUUUCAUCAUUAUUAAAUCCUCCAAAAGUAAUACCUUCUGAAAAUGGAUUACCAAGAGACUGGAGAGGUCUUGCACAUUUAUGUAAAUUAGGAGGAGAAAUAAUGCCACUACUAAUUUCACAUCCAGAUCCAGCUACAUAUAUUUUAACAGCUUGGGAACAGAAAGAAAAGAGUACUACGCUUAAAGAUUUUCAAACUUUGUUGGAAGAAAUUGACAGAUGGGAUAUUUUAGAUGAUACAUUGGAACUUUUUGAAAGAGAUGGUGAAAGAUACUUAGAACAAUUACAAAAAUCUCAAAUAUCGGCUGAAGUGAUUACAAAUAAUAUUGAUACAAAAGUUCUUACUGUAGAUGAUCUUCAUAGACUAAGGCAAGGAUUAGAAAAUCAAUAUUAUGAUGCCUUUUUAUUGUAUGCUGAUGAAGAUGUCAAUUUUGCCAAUGAAAUGGUGGACAAAUUGGAAAAUGAAUAUAACUUGAAGCUUUGUUUAAAAGACCGUGAUUUAAUCGGUGGAGUUACAUUUGAACAUGAAGCUGUAAUGACUCUGAUAUCAGAACGAUGUGACCGACUAAUUGUUAUAGUAUCACCAAAUUUUCUUAAAAGUUCAGCAAAUAAAUUCUUUUUGAAUUAUGCCCAAGCAUUGGGCAUUGAUAAGCGACAAAGGAAAGUUAUACCAUGUUUGUAUGAAAAAUGUCAAUUACCACCACAAUUGGAAUAUAUGGUUAUAUUGGAUUAUAAUAGGGUAGGUUUGUAUAACUUUUGGAAAAAAUUAAGAGACUCUGUAGAAACAACGAAUAAAAUAAAUGAAAGUGCUAACAUUUCUCCUGUGAAAGAGAAUCAUCAUAAUACUUCUGAUACAUACAAUAAAAGUGAAAAAGAUAAAGAAAAUACAAAAGAUGUGGAAUCUUUAGAAAUACAAAAGCUUCAGCUACAAGAUAGCAAAGAAGCAUUUAAUAUGAAGGAAAAUUUAAAUCAUUCUGAAUUUGACAGUAUACAUCAUUCUAAAGAUAAUCACAAAAAGCAUAAUUUUCUACAAUGGACUAAAAGGAAAUUGUCUAAGAAAGGAGAGGAUAAUAAAAAGGAAUAUACACCAAUUACGGGGACUGUCAGUUUACCAUCUAUUGAAAACCUAGAUUCAUUGAGUACAUCAACAGAUUUAAUGGAAAAGAAGCCUAAAACAAAAUUUAUAAAUAAAUAUGUAAAAAAGGUGCAAUUAAAGAAAAUACUUGUUAAAUCAUAA